AUGUGUAACUAACCUCAAGCAGCAAACAUGGGAGGGGCGGGGACAGCGUGACAGACAACGGCUUCCACCAAUCAGUGAGGGAAAUUCUUUCCGUUCAGCCAAUCAGGAGGCCAGAGCUGCAGAUCCAGGGCCGUCUUCCUCCUCCACCUGCUGAAUGAGAGCUGCGUCCAUAGUAGCAGGUGAAGCUCCGGUGCUGCUGGGAGGAUCCUCAUCCUGAGACUCUAAGAUGGCUGGCACAGCAAGAAAAGACCGCGAGAUGGCAAUGGACGCAAAGAAAAAAUUAGGCACGUGUACAGAUCCAUUGGAGAGGCUUCGUCUGCAGUGUCUCUCCCGAGGCUCUGCGGGAAUCAAAGGCCUGGGAAGAGUAUUUAAGAUCAUGGAUGAUGACAACAGCAGGUCGCUGGAUUUUAAGGAAUUUUUAAAAGGGCUGAAUGACUACGGCGUGAUGAUAGAGAAAAGCGAGGCCCAGCAGCUCUUCUCCAUUUUUGAUAAAGACGGAAGUGGAACGAUAGACUUUGAUGAAUUCUUGGUUACGUUGCGGCCACCUAUGUCAAAUGCAAGGAAGGAGAUGAUCAUGCAGGCGUUUCGAAAACUGGAUAAAACUGGAGAUGGGGUUGUGACCAUUGAGGAUUUACGAGGAGUCUACAAUGCCAAAUACCAUCCGAAGUAUCAGAAUGGGGAGUGGACGGAAGAUCAAGUUUUUAGGAGUUUCCUAGACAACUUUGACUCUCCAUAUGAUAAAGACGGUCAGGUCACUCCGGACGAAUUCACAAACUACUACGCUGGUGUCAGCGCUUCGAUCGAUACGGAUGUUUACUUCAUCACCAUGAUGAAGAACGCCUGGAAAUUAUAAGCGUGACAAAAGAAGAAUUCCUUAACUAUUAUUCGGGAGUGAGCGCAUCGAUUGAUAGCGACGUUUAUUUUAUACUGAUGAUGAAGAGCGCCUGGAAGAUGUGAUAUACAGAAAUAUAUAUAUUUUUUACAAUUGUGUUUUUGAUUUUUUUCCGGUACUCUAGGAUCCACCCCCAAUCCUGUAGGAUUUGGGGAUAUAAACUUUACUGAUUUUUUAUUUAUUUUUUUAUACUUUACAUCAAUGGUUUACAUCAAGACCCUAAAAUGGAUGAAGAAUUGGGCUUAUAAUAAUGCUUAAUUCCAAACAUAGUCCCUCGUCCCGCUAUAUUGGUGUCUGGUAUUUCAGGUUGUUGGGAUCAGAUACGUUCUUAUCAUCUGUACUGCAUGGUUGACUGGAUUCACACUGAAUUUAUAGCCUGAGGACUCCUAUACCUCCAAUAAAAGAGUGCAGCAUAGAUUGGGAUAUGUGGCAUGCUCCCAGAAGGAAGCCUCUUCUUCUCACAGUCUCCAUUUCACCUUCUAGGUGUUAACAAGAACUGGGUCCUCUGAUGAAUCACACAUGGUGAAACACGUAGGAGAUGAUUUUGGGAGCAGGCACUUUUUAUCUUUUUAGGGCUUACCUGGUCAGGGUUAGGCACUAAAGUUACAGGGGUCCCCCUUAUUAGGACGAGUGCCUCAACUAUGUACUACCAUCUAAGCUAUAGUCCUUUGUAAGCAAAAAGUCUCUGGGGGUUAAUUUACUGUUAUUAGGGACAUUUUUGUGGACAUAGAAACACUCCAAGUAUAGGGUAUAAACCCAACUUUUGCCAUUUUAUGUGCAGCAUAGUUUUGCUUCUUUUUACAAUUGUUUUUAAUGUUUUUUUUUUUUUUUUUCUUCAUUUUAGCUAUUCUACUAAUCAUAUAACACAAGGCUAGUUUUACACUUCAACUCACAGUUGACAUCGAUGGGUCCCGACAGAUUCAAAUGACUUAAAGCAGAACUUCCAUUCAUAUAAACAUAUCCCCUAUUCGCCGGGUCGCCGGGGUCCGACCGCUCGAUCUCCUGUACUGCGCUCCCGCUCUCUGCAUGAAAAGAGCGGUGUCAACCAUAGCAAGAAGCUGCAGCUGACAAGCCCUCUCAAUGCAGCUCUAUGGCAGAGCCGGAGAUUGCCAAGUGACACGCCCCAUGUCAGCUGCAGCUUCGUGCUGUGGUCGACAUACCCCAUUCAGGAGGAGAGCCUGGCUGCCGUUCGGGAGAUCGCGGGGGGUCCCAGCGAUUAGAUAGGCCAUCAUACAUGAGUCUACCCCAGUGUUUCUCAACCAGGGUGCCUCCAGCCAAAGGCUGUCCGGGUGUGCUGGGAGUUGUAGGGUGCUGGAGGCACCCUGGUUGGGAAACACUGAGGUAGACUUAUGUAUGAUAUGGUGGCCUAUUUAUAUAAGGCCAAAAAAUUUGUAUAUGGGUAUUUGUUUUUAACAAUAAACAAUUGAUUCGGAGAGUCUUUAGACCCUUUCAAUUUUUUCACAUUUUGUUAUGUUGCGGCCUUGUGCUAUAAAAUAAAAAAUAAUUUAUCAUUGCCCCCAUCCAUCAAUCUGUACUCAAUGUUGAUGGAGAACCUUUGUCCCAGUCUGAGGUCUGGAUCAGGUUUUCAUUAAGAACUAGCUGAGUACCCAGCGUUGCCCGGUUUUUCCUACCUUAUCCUUGUGGGGGAGAAAAAGCAACAAAGAAGGAAGCUUUUGUCCUCAUAUCCCAUCCUUAAAUCCUGACCCCAUAUCCGCUCCUCAUAUCCCGACCCCAAAUCCCCUCCUCGAAUUCCAAACUCAUAUCCUGCCCUCAUAUCUUGACCUCAUAUCCCGACCCCAUAUCCCGACCUCAUAUCCUGUCCCUAUAUCCCGUUCCCCUAUCCCGUCCUAUCCGGUCUUCAUAUCUAAUCCUCAUUUCUAAUCCUCAUAUCCCAUCCUCAGGUGGGGCUGUGUUGUGGUAAAGAUAUUGUAAGCUGAAAAUAAAAGGAGUGUGGCUUAAAGGGUGGGCAUGUAUUUGCAAGAUGGGGCAUGAAAUGCGGGGAUGGUUUGGCCAGCCAGCCGGACUGACGCAUUCACCAGGAGAUGCAGAGCGGAGCUUGUGGAGUAAGGUACCAGAAGUCCCAUAUACUUGUAUGGGACUUGAAACAAAAACGCCAACCUUCACAUAAGGGGGUAGGUUAGGAUUAAUUUAACUAUUAAAUAUUUUUAAUUUUAACAUGUGA